AUGCCACCAGCCACACUCCGCCUGGCUCCCGCUCCCGCUGCGGUGCUACUUAGGCCAGCAGCAGCACGCAGGCAGCGUGUGGCAGCCAGGCAACCAGUGGCGUCAGCAGAAGGGGCUACUGAUGUAAACACUAUCAAGCUGACGCUACGCAAGCCGCUGGGCCUGGUGCUGGCAGAGCGCGAGCAGCCGGGCGGUGCGGCGCAGGUGUUUGUAGAAGAGAUCGUGGCAGGGGGCAAUGCCGCCAAGGACGGCCAGGUGCAAGUGGGCGAUGUGCUGACCAGGUGCAGCGCGGUGCUGCUCAAGGCGGGCAAGGAGGGGGAGUUCCAGCGCGAGGGCCAUGGCCAGCGGCCGUACGACAACUUUGAGCAGGUCUGGUUCGACUGUUCAGGCAAGAAGUUUGACACCGUGAUGGCGGCGCUGGGCAGCAACAGCGAGCGCUGGGGCAUCUUCAACAUUCAGCUGGAGUUCCAGCGGUCUGAGAGCAGCUGA